AUGGGCUUUAGACUCUUCCCUAGGCAGUCAACAGGUCAAAACACAGAAGAUUCAGAGCAACUACGUCGACGAAUUACAGAAUUAUUCUACGAUCAGGUCCUCAAUGACCGUUAUAUGCUUCUACGACUACAAACGGAAGGCUUUAUUAUUACAAAGACCGGCCUUGAGCGUAUUCGACGAGAUUUGGGGCUUUGGAGGCGUCAAACACCAGAAAUGUCUUCUACGAUAAAGACCAAAUUAUACAAUUUCUUCGAAAACGAAAACGAAUUGCAUACAAAGCUUCAAACCUUUGGUCGUACAUACCUCUAUGUUUACGUACGCCAGCACCAAUUUAUCCUAAGCCGCAAAGCCCUCUAUGAAUGUUAUCGAGAAUUUAUGCCUACGAACGUAUCCGAUCGAUGGCAUACGAUGAAGCAUCGCCGAACCGGGUGGGCACCAGCUGGGCCUGACUUUAUUUGGUCCCUUGAUGCAUAUGAUAAGUUAAAGGCUUGGGGCAUUGAGAUUUAUGCUGCAAUUGAUGCUUAUUCACGGUAUAUUACGUGGUUCUAUUGUGGUAUAUCAGCAAAUACAUCACGAAGUGUUGUAGAGCAGUAUCUUUAUGCCCUUCAACAACGGGAGACUAUGCCGUAUCUUAUUCGGUCUGAUCGUGGCAAUGAGACUCUUUUAAUGGCCGGUGCACAUUAUUACCUUUCGCAAGCGCAAGUACGUAAACGGAAUAAUACGACACUGGAUCAAGUGCAAUUUGACGAUGUUUGGAUCUAUGGCAAAAGUACGCAUAAUGAGAAGAUUGAAAGCUGGUGGCUUCGAUUAAGUAAAGGAAGGGCUAAGUUUUGCGAAUACUUCAGUAUUAUUACUGCUGAAGGCCAGUUUUCACAUGAUUAUCUAUCAGACCGUAUUGCUAUAUUAUAUCUAUAUAUGCCAAUUAUACGAGAAGAGCUCACUGAGUUC